AUGUCCGACUUCGAGUCUGAUGCCCCACCGAACUCUCCGGUCGCCUCUUCGGAGGCCCCCGGUCCUUCUACUAUGUUUCCGGCUCGCCGCAGCGUUCGCAUCGCCUCUCGAUCAGUCCCUUCAUCCCCAGCCUCUAUCCUUUGUUCGAGAGGCAUUUCCCUUACCCCUGGCCUCCGGCCCUACCAGGUGGCUUCGCUCGCGGCUCUCCUGCCUCCUGGAGAUAUUUCUCCUUCUCCUACUCCACCCACUUCCCCUCCGCUUCCCCCAACUAGCGGGAAAAGGUCUCGCAAGUCAUCCGCUCCCCCGGCUAAGCGUCGCAGAGGUCGCCCCCCCUCUUCUCAGCCAGCUCCACGGUCCCCGGAAAACCCCGAGUUUUCAGCUCCCGAUCCUUCAACCCACUCUGCGGACCCAACUCCAGAAGCACCGGGGACGUCUUCAGGAUUUUACCAUUCAUCCUCCACACCCCCUGAUCAGACACACGUCCUCGCUUCUACACUAGCUUCCUCCAUGGAUUCCCUUCAGCGCUCCAUAUCCUCGCUUUCAGCCCUGCUGCGCAGCGACACCCCGGAAUCCAAUACCCCCUCUCGGAUACCCAUCUUUCCGGUCCGGAUAAACACCGUCGUUGCCUUUUUGACCCACUGUUUCGUGAAUUCAGGUUGUAAGCACUCUUACAUCCGCAGCCUCCUUGCCGGAAUUAAUUUCUUUAAUCAACUCCAUCAGCCUACUCCUUCGAUUAGUCUUUUUUCCAGUCCCGUAAUUAAGCUCCUGUUGAAAGGAUUCGCUUCCCAGCGUCCAGCACUCCCUGACGACCGCAAACCUAUUACUCUCCCUAUUUUAAGGGACUUGCUCGUCACGAUCAGCUCCAGCCCCUACUCUCCCUACCUCAAGUCUCUCCUCUCAAGCUCCUUCCUUCUGGCUUUUUACGGACUCCUUCGUCUGGGGGAGUUUACAACUCCCAAUAACCUCUACGUUCCCUCUAGAGAUUUAGCUUUCUCCGAUCUAAAGUUCCACCCAGAUUAUUACAGCUUAGAUCUGAAGCAUUCUAAAGCCAAAGGCGCAUGCACCAUCUUCGUAGCACGUAUCAAUGGCCCCUUUUGCCCCUUUCUGGCUAUGUUCAAAUUUGCUCUCCUUAGACGAAAGGUUAGCUUCCCCUCCGAAGCCCUUUUCCUCACUCCCGAAGGUAACCCCAUGUCCACCACUUGGUUCCUUAAACACCUCAGACUUCUCCUCGCCGCUAUCAAUCUCCCCCAUAAGCAGUUCUCCGGCCACUCCUUCAGAAUAGGGGCGGCUACAUCCGCAGCCGCUCAGGGAAUUUCCUCCACGUCCCUUCAGCAACUCGGCCGCUGGUCAUCAUCAGCCUAUUCGUCUUAUAUACGCCCUGACCUCUCAUCGGUGCUCUCAGUACAACGCUCCCUCAGUGCCUAGGUAAGCACUGUUCAAUUCACUGGUGGUGGUUGGUUUAUUCCAUACGAGCCAGUGCAUCUACCUCUGACGUGACCUGACUCGCCUACUGCUCCCACAUUCUUAUUUUCAGAUUUACUUUCAGGAGUAUUCUCAUCUAACGCCCUCAUUCUCGUCUCCUCAAUCGUGAGUCUAAUCCCUUCUCCAGUAUUUCAUUUCAGUAAGAAGUAGUCUGCACCUCCCACUUCUAACUCCAUCUUUUAUCUUACUUAAUCUAUCUAUGUCUAACCGUCUCUUUUCUCCUUCACAGCUUCACCAGUUGUUUCACUCCCUUUAGCCGUCCUCUUAGGCAGCACAUUACCCCAGCCCAAACUAUCCCGAGCCCCAGCUGGCCUCUCCAAAGCUGUAUUUUGUCCCCGUCCCAUAGCACCUUCCGCCGGUUAAUAAUAUUAAGUAUCCCAUAACCUUGCUCCUCGCACCCCCUUUUAUUACGCUCUGCCCGGAUCCAGCUGGUCUUUUUUUAACCAGCGGUCUUCUACCUUCAGCUGCUCUAGUCCACCCCAUUUACUGGCCACCAGGUAUGCAGUUUUGGAGCUUUUCACCACCACUCCCCUCCCGGUCCGCUGGGUCUUUUUUUCCCAGCGGUCCCUUGUACCCGCCCCGCAGCAUCCCAUUUGGUCCCGCUUCCAUCUCCUUAAGCCUCGCUGCGUUCCAUCUAACCUCCCCUCGUAGCCCUCUUUUCUUGCCCCGCAGCAUCCCUUGUAGAUCCCAAUUCUGCAGCUUUGCUAUCCUAUACCCAGUACAUCCUAUAAUUCAUUGCCCCGCAGGUCUUUAGCUUACAUCUCCUCAA